AUGGAAGUUUCGACAUCCUAUCACUGUCAGCCGACAGUCAGCUUCAAGUAUGGCAGUUUUCAAGUGAGUUUUUGUUUUCACUGUAAAAGUUUUUCGCUGCAAAACAAUAGUUAUCAGCUGAUAUUUGUUGAAAAUGUGGGAGAAAAAUCAAUAUGUGUUUUCAGGAAUCAGAUGAUGUUUCGAUGAUGGACGAGGAAAUGUACUAUGGUAGCUACAAUUCGCAUUGUGAUUCAUCCGGAUUCAUGUACGAUAAUGGGUCGAUUGGAGAAGAAGAAGAAGCGUCAUCUAACGAUGAUGGAGAAGAGGUGAGUCAGAAUUCAAGAAAUUUGAGCAAAAAACCAUGGAAAAAUGUUUUCAGAUGUGUAGCGAGACGACUGAUUCUGACAUGACUGAAAGUUUGAUUGAUGAUGAUUUCAAUGAAGAUCCAGAAAAUGAAAUAGAUGAAGAUGAAAAUGAAAAUGACAACGAGGAUGAAUGGACGAAUCAAAAGAGAAAUGCGACGGCUGAUAGUUCGAAACAGAAUACACUUGCGCACUUUGCCUCCAAGGAAAUGUUGCGUUUGCGUUUUCCGUUUCAAUCGAUAGCUAUUCGAAUUUCGGAUUUUUGUGCUCUCCAAGAGAACGUGAGUUAUUUUUAGUUUUUAUCAGUAGAGAAUAACUUGUUUGAAUAACCUUUUGUUGUUUUCCUUAUCAACUAAAACUAAAUACUUGAGAAAGAAGUAAGUAGAGCGCGAAAUUAUCCCGGAAAUAUGUUCUCUGGCUAUUUUUUGACCACCCAUGGAGAGAAAAAAACUAAUGGUUCUUCUUUGUCUCCGCCGAAAUUUAUGUAGAUGAUCUUGCACUUUUAGACUUUUUUCCUCCUCUUUUUCCCAAAGAACCAAAUGAAAAAUGACAGAAAUUUGUUGCGUUUUUUGUUUGGAUUACAGGCUGUCUAUGUUUACCCCCAGACAGCGGAGAAACGCAAAAAAGUGCAUUGGGAAAAGUUUUUUUUUGGACGCCGCUCUGCCACUCGGAACGGUUUUGGCAACAUUUUGUGUACUUUUUGUUGAAAAAAAAUUUUUGUGCGAAAACGGGAAAAGGUUUUUUGAAGGGGGUUUUCUUUAUUUGAGUUGAAUUGGAUUGAACUUUUUGAACCUAGCAACAUUUCUAGGAACUAGGGAGUUAGGUUUAUCUGAAAUUCCGAAAAAGGCUCGAAAACCCGAGAAUCUGAAAUUUAAGUUCCGAAAAUGUUUGUUUUUGAAAUCCGACCUCUGAAAUCUUCCAAAAUAAAAAAGAUUUUAUCUUUUCCUUUUUGAGUUUCAAAUUUCAAAACCUCUAAUUUUCCCGCCAACAAAAACAACCAGCUGACCGUUUUCACUAAACGACCUGCCAUAAAAAGGUUUUCUAAUCGAGUCGCCAGCGCCUUUUCUCUUUUGAAACAUCUGCUUGUUGCUCUUUUGACCUUGGCAACCCUCCAGCCAGCUGUGUUCUUUGUCAAAUGUUUUUUUUUCGCGCACUUGGUUCGAGCAAAGAAAAGAAGGAAGCAGCAAGAGGGAUAUUUUCCGUGUUGUGCUUAAAAGAUUUUCAGCUCAUCUAGGAGCAGAGCCGUUUUGCACCUGGUACCGAGUGACACAGAGCCAGAAAAAGAAGAAGAAGAAGAAAAGUCGCUGGCGACUAGCCAGAGGCUCUCUUUUUCUCUCGUAAUAUGUUCUGUUUUUCUUUCUUUUCGGGUUUUUUCUUCGGCCGAACAUAUGAGCGAUGUCUGCACUCUCUCACUAUCCCAUAAUCUCUCACCGCCUUGUCUACUACUUUGUUGGUUUUUUUUAUAAAGAGAGUUAUUAAGUUGAUGAGGUGUUGAGCGAGGGGGUUAAUGAGAGAAAAGAUGAGAGGGUUUUCCCCGAGUUAUCAUAUCUGUUGGUUAUUUGAUACGGUAGAUUUAUAUGAUUUAUUAGUUAAAACAAAGUGGACAAGGUUAAAUAUGUCGAGAGAAGGGCAUUUUUGAUAACAAGGAACUUUUGAACUUGAGGUUUUGCUGAAAUCCAAGAUUUUUCAAUUUUAAAACUUAGGAUUUUAAUUAAAUGCUUAAUUAAAUUUGCAAAAGACAAACUUUGAGCUCUAUUGGUACUUUGAUCACAAAGGCACACAAUAAUUCCAUCAUUUUUAUUUAUUUUACAUAUAACACAAAAUAAUAUUGCAAAAAUUAUGAUGAAUAGCUCUGACUCAUUUUUUGGAUACAGUAUCCUUCUCUUCUUCUUUAAUACAACAAAAUGCCAUUUUUGUCACCCACACACACACACUUUUUUUGUCUGUGUAUGUGUCCUAUCUUAGAUUGUUCAGGGUCACACAAGAAGAAUUUUUUUUUCGAAAUAUCUAUCUAGUAACUGGUUUUUUGGCGCGCGAAUUUUUCGCGCGCGUCGCUCGCUCCUAGACAAGAGAAAAACCAACUGAAUGACUGAGUGCGAUCGGUUUAGGGGUCAGCUGGUGCGAGUUUUGAAUUAGGACAGGACAAUACAGGAAACUGUUUUUGUUCUUGUUUUUGAAAAAAAAUUGCUGAAAAUCGAGUCAAAGUUUAGAGAAGAAAGAGCAUUUUCAGCCCUUAUCAAUACGCAAAAUUAUGCCUCAUAUCAUAUUUGUUAUCAACAGAAUUUGACAUCAUGUUGACUAAAAUUUUGACAUUAUUCUUUCUGAAAAUUGUACAUAUUUGUUUCGGUGAAAUUGGUUAUCGGAAAGAUUAACUCUUGCAAAGUUGACAUGGCGCCAAACCUUUUUCCCCCUACUCUUUCAUAUCAAUCAAUCUUGGAACCUUUCCAAUAGAAAUUUGGUCGUUUUUUUUGCUAACUAUACGAAACAAACUCACCUAGAUUAAUCAUGUCGAACAAAAAGAUAUUCUGUGUGUUACACAAAAAAGAUGAGAACACUUUUUCGAAAAAGUGACACAUGGACCAGAGUUCAGGUGUAAUUAAUUUUCGCGGGGAAAUCGGAAUCGCAAAAAAACCAAGUUUAAACAAAAAAUUCUCAGGAAUCCGAAACUUUCAAAAACAAAGUUCAUAGUUCUUUUUUUUCAGGAUGUGCUCAACGAUACGAUGAUAGAUUUUUAUUUGAAUCACAUUGUUCAACAUGUUUUGCCGGAUAAUAUUGACAAAAAAGUCAACGUUCUUCCAUCGGUUUUCUGGCAUAAUUUGUCGCUUCGUCAACACGCAGUCGAUUCAGAAGAUAUGAAACAUUUGACAGAAGAUGAACGAAUGGAUUUGAAGUUUAAAGAUCUUCAUGAAUUUGUUGAAGAUUUCGAUUUGCAAGACUUUGAAUAUAUAGUUAUUCCGGUAAAUGAGUGGGAACAUUGGUCGUUGGCUGUGAUUUGUCAUCCAUUCACAUCACGCGCCAGAACGGUUAUCUUUGAUAGUCAAUUGACGGCGGAUUUGAAUAAUUUGCAAAAUAUGGCUGGUUUACUUGAAGAGUUCUUGAAUUAUUCGUGGGGAAAACGGACUGGAAAAAAGAUUUCACAUUCGUUGCCCUGUGUGGUUCCAAUCGAAUUGCCACAACAAACUAAUAAUUUCGAUUGUGGAGUUUUUAUUUUGGAGUUUGCUGAACGAUUCUUGAUGAGCCCACCGAAAGAUGUUAGUUUUUUUUCUAAAAUUUGUUUGCACUUCCUAACUUCAAAAUUUACCAGAAUUCUUUUCAGCUCGACACAUUUGAUUUCACGCGUCAAUAUCCGGAUUUCAAAAUAUCUGGAAAACGCGCCGAAAUGCAACGGGCCAUUCUUGCUCUUUCACCCGAACCUGCUCAAUGGCGACCACUUGUUGAAUUUUUGAAUGGUAUAAAUACGGCGGCACCACACAGAUCAUUGUAA